UUUUCUAUCUUUCCCUUGUUUCUCAUUCGCAAGUAAAAACCUCAAAAAGUAUUAGAAUUCCUCUAAAUUUUUUGUAUCUAUAAAGAGGAUGCUUCAACAAUAAACAUCAACACCUAUUAGGCUGAACUAAUUUACUGUUGUCAACCAACAACAUCUUAAGCCUUUUAAUAACCAACUCUGUUACUCUGUCGUUCUCUAUCAAUCUCCUUUUUACUACUGUCACACUAUAUAUGCCUAUAGUAAUAUUCACUUCAACUUCAUCAACAAAAAACAGCAGAGAAAACAGCAAUAAUAAUAUUCAUCACAAUCAUAAACAUUAACAUGGCUAUUUCUGCUGCAAUCUUCAGUUUGCUACUAAUCUUCUCUGCAUUUUCCCUAGGAGAUGCUUUAAGCUUAAAUCACUACGCUAAGACGUGUCCUGAUGUCGAUUAUAUCAUUUCCAAUGCAGUCAAAGAAGCAUUCCAGACAGAUAAAACAGUCCCAGCUGCUCUGCUUCGCUUGCAUUUUCAUGACUGUUUCAUUAGGGGAUGCGAUGCUUCAGUGCUGCUUGACAAAGAUGGGAGCAACAAAGUAGAGAAAUCUGGACCUCCAAAUCUUUCACUGCAUGCAUUUUUUGUUAUUGACAAUGCAAAGAAGGCGGUGGAAGAUGCUUGCCCCGGAGUUGUCUCGUGUUCUGACAUACUGGCUCUCGCUGCAAGGGAUGCAGUCGUCGUUGCUGGUGGACCUACUUGGGAUGUGCCUAAAGGAAGGAAGGAUGGAAGAAAAUCGCUUGCUAGUGAAACAAUACAACUUCCAGCACCCACCUUCAACCUAUCUCAACUUCAACAAAGUUUUGCACAGAGAGGCCUUAACCUCGGAGAUUUGGUAGCACUUUCAGGUGGACACAGUCUAGGUUUCUCCCACUGCUCAUCAUUCCAAAACCGAUUGAACAAGUUCGAUGCAACUCAUGACAUUGAUCUCUCCAUCAAUCCAUCCUUUGCUGCAAGCCUAGAGAAAGUCUGCCCAGCACAUAACAAAGUGAAGAAAGCCGGUUCAAACCUAGAUCCUUCCCCAACAAUGUUUGACAAUACAUACUACAAGCUAAUUCUCCAAGGAAAGAGCCUGUUUUCUUCGGACCAAGCUUUGUUCACUGCUCCAAGUACUAAACACUUGGUCUACAAAUAUGCUAGUUCCAAGGAAGCUUUCUAUGAAGCAUUCAUUAAGUCUAUGAUUAAAAUGAGCAGCAUCAAUGGAGGACAGGAGAUUAGAAAGAACUGUCGAAAGGUCAAUUCAUAAGGGCUUGUGUCUAAUAAGUUAAAUGUGCAACAUUUUUAAAAAAAAUCAAGGCAAUCAAAUGUUCAUUGUAUUGCCUUUACUUCGUGAAAGCAUGUUUUGUUUCCAGUUCCAGAUUAUAUACUAGCUGAUAGCUGUUGUGAGAUUUGUAACAGAAUAGAAUUGAAAAUGAAGUUAAAUUUUUUUAACUCUUAUUGAGUAAACAAUCAGAACGCGUUGUUUCUGAA